AUGUUUCUGACUUCGGCUCGAAGUCGUCUUCUCUCACCCUCCUUCGGACGCGCUCCCGCUCUACGACUAUCUAACAGGACUUCUCCUAUAUUAGCUAUGGCUCCUCAACGGCGAAAGCAGUCUUCUGUUCCGGAAGGCUAUGUCGAGGAUCUCUCUAAAGGCAAAACACUUCGAUUCGAAGACUCCCUCCCUAAACUCCCCGUGCCAACACUUGAAGAAACCGCAAGGCGCUACUUGAAAUCCGUCCGCCCUCUGUUAUCGGCCCCCGAGUACGAGCGCACAACCAAAGUCGUGCAAGAAUUCAUCAGGCCCGGCGGCCAAGGAGAGACACUCCAAAAGAGACUCAUUGCUCGUCGCGAGGACCCCAAGAUCAAUAACUGGCUUAUUGAAUGGUGGAAUUUUGGUGCCUACUUGGGCUACAGAGACCCUGUCGUCCCUUACGUUUCUUACUUUUACUCCUACAAGGAUGACCGUAAACGUCGCAGCAACCCCGCUGCCCGUGCGGCAACCGUCACUCUUUCUGCCCUUGAAUUCAAGCGCCAGGUGGAUGACGGAUCCUUGGAGCCAGAGUACUUGAGGAAAAUUCCCAUGGCGAUGAGCUCGUACCAGUACAUGUUCAACUGUUCGCGUAUCCCCGCCCUCCCCGCCGACUACCCCCAAAAAUACUCCCCCGAGGAGAACCAGCACAUUACAGUUGUCCGCAAAAACCAAUUUUUCAAAGUCCCCUAUGUCGUCAACGGCCAAAAACUCACUUGCGGUGAAUUGCAGAAGCAGUUUGAGGUGAUCUAUGAACGUGCCGAGCACCCUGUCACCCCUGUCGGUGUCUUGACCGCAGCAAACCGUGAUCACUGGACUGCAACCAGAGCAAAAUUGCUCGAUGCUAGCCCCGCUAAUGCCAAGGCACUGAAGGACAUUGAGUCUUCUGCUUUCUUGGUCUGUUUGGACGACGCUGCCCCUGUGACACUUGAGGAGCGAGCACAUCAAUACUGGCACGGUGACGGAUGCAACCGUUGGUACGACAAGCCGCUGCAAUUCAUCAUCAAUGACAACGGUACCGCCGGUUUCAUGGGUGAACAUAGUAUGAUGGAUGGCACGCCGACCCAACGUCUGAAUGACUACGUCAACAGCCUUAUCUUCGGCAACAAGCUUGAAUACGACAACACCCCGGUCCGAUCCACUCUCCCUCCGCCAGCCCCUAUCAACUUUGAGCUCAACGUUGAACUUGAGCAGGCUAUCAACGAGGCGCACCAAGAACACAAGUCUCUCAUUGCUGCUCAUGAGUUGCGCGUGCAAGCAUUCCAGGCUUAUGGUAAAGGAUUGAUCAAGAAGUUCAAAUGCAGUCCCGACGCGUAUGUUCAGAUGCUCAUUCAACUUGCCUACUACAAAAUGUAUGGCAUCAACCGACCCACCUACGAAUCGGCAUCGACCCGUAAGUUCAAAGAAGGCCGAACUGAAGUCAUCCGAACCGUGUCCGACGACAGCACUGCCUUCUGCCGUGCCCACCAAGACCCCAACGUCCCCCGCGAGGAAGUCGUCAAACUCUUCCGUGAGGCUCUUAAACAGCAUACCAAAUACACCAUGGAAGCCAGUGACGGUAAGGGCGUUGACCGCCACUUGUUGGGCUUGAAGAAAUUGGUACAGGAAGGGGAGAAGCUCCCUGAAAUCUUUGAAGAUCCUGCCUAUGGAUACAGCAGUUCCUGGUAUCUAUCGACCUCUCAGCUCAGUUCCGAAUACUUCAAUGGAUACGGAUGGAGCCAAGUCAUCGACGACGGAUUCGGCAUUGCUUAUAUGAUCAACGAGGAUAGCCUCCAAUUCAACGUUGUCUCCAAGAGACUCGGCUGUGAGCGCCUGAGCUUCUACCUCAAUGAAGCCGCACUUGAGGUCCGCGAUUUGUUGAUGCCUGACUUGUUGGCCGAGAAGGAGACGGCCAAGUUGUAA